AACGGGAUCUUUUCGCAGUUCAGUUCUGCAGAUAGCAACAUGGGGAAAAAGAAGCCUAAAAAGUUUAGCCUGGAGACUCUGGAUGCUGCAAGGAAAGCCUAGUUUCUCACAUUCUCUUCCCUAUCUCAGUCAUCUGAGGACAUUGCCAUUUCCUAAGAGAAGAGCCAGGAGGAAGAAAGAAUGAAUGUUGGACUUCUUAAGACCAUGUACCAGGAGUUGGUGACCUUUAGAGAUGUGGCUGUAGACUUCUCCCAAGAGGAGUGGGAUUGUCUGAAUUCUUCUCAAAAGCAUCUGUAUAGUAAUGUGAUGUUGGAGAACUAUAGGAUCUUGGUCUCACUGGGACUUUGCUUUUCCAAGCCAAGUUUGAUAUUAUUGUUGGAACAAGGAAAAGAGCCCUGGAUGGUGAAGAGAGAGCUGACAAAAGACUUGUACUCAGGCUGGGAACCUAUAAGUGAAACUGAAGAAUUGGCCCCAAAGCAGGACCCUUUAGAAGAACAAUCCCGGAAAAUAAUAGAAAAACUUACAAGUUAUGGCCUUGAGUACUCCAGUUUGAGAGAAGAGUGGAAAUAUGAGGGCCAUUUUGAGAGGCGACCAGGGAAUCAGAAGACAUGUUUCAAGGAAGAGAUAAUCACUCGUGAAGAAGCCAUUGUUAAUGAAAGAGAACAAGAAUAUAACAAAUCCUGGGGAAGUUUUCAUCAAAACAUACUACUGCAUACACAACAGAUUAUCCCCAAAGAGGAGAAAGUAGAUAAACAUGACAUACAUAAGAAAAGCUUUAAAAAGACUUUAAUGGCCAUUAAGCCUAAGAGUGUCUGUGUAGAGAAGAAACUUUUAAAAUGUAAUGACUGUGAAAAGGUCUUCAGCCAGAGUUCAUCCCUUACUCUUCAUCAAAGAAUUCAUACUGGAGAGAAACCCUAUAAAUGUGUGGAAUGUGGGAAAGCUUUCAGCCAGAGAUCAAAUCUUGUUCAACAUCAGAGGAUUCAUACCGGAGAGAAACCCUAUGAAUGUAAAGAAUGUAGGAAAGCCUUUAGUCAGAAUGCACAUCUAGUUCAACAUCUGAGAGUUCAUACUGGAGAAAAACCUUAUGAAUGUAAGGUCUGUAGGAAAGCCUUCAGCCAGUUUGCCUACCUUGCUCAACAUCAGAGAGUUCAUACUGGAGAGAAACCCUAUGAAUGUAUUGAAUGUGGGAAAGCCUUUAGCAAUAGAUCAUCCAUUGCUCAACACCAGAGAGUUCAUACUGGAGAAAAACCUUAUGAAUGUAAUGUCUGUGGGAAAGCAUUUAGCCUUCGUGCAUACCUUACUGUACAUCAAAGAAUACAUACUGGGGAGAGACCCUAUGAGUGUAAGGAAUGUGGGAAGGCCUUCAGCCAGAACUCACACCUUGCUCAACAUCAGAGAAUUCAUACUGGAGAAAAACCUUAUAAAUGUCAGGAAUGUAGGAAAGCAUUUAGCCAGAUUGCUUACCUUGCUCAACAUCAAAGAGUUCAUACUGGAGAGAAACCCUAUGAAUGUGUUAAAUGUGGAAAGGCUUUUAGCAAUGACUCAUCCCUUACCCAACAUCAGAGAGUUCAUACUGGAGAAAAACCUUAUGAAUGUAAUGUUUGUGGAAAGGCUUUUAGUUACUGUGGAUCCCUUGCCCAGCAUCAGCGAAUUCAUACUGGCGAGAGACCUUAUGAAUGUAAGGAAUGCAAGAAAACCUUCAGACAGCAUGCACACCUUGCUCAUCAUCAGAGAAUUCACAUUGGCGAGUCGCUGUCACCACCCAAUCCUGUCAAUCACCAAGUCCUGUAGAUCCUAUCUUCUAAAUAUUUCUGGAAUUUAUGCUCUUUUCUAUAGUUAAUGUUGUCACUCUAGUUUAUGAUUCAUCUCACUUAAAUUACUGAUACAGCUUUCUAACAGG